AUGCUUCCAGAAGCGUUUUGGAUAAAUCGAAAAUAUCUUUCACCGGUAACGGGAAAUCGUACCUGCUGGCACAAUUUGACUCGACUUUACGAUUAUCAGGCGCCAACCAGAAAUUUUGGACACACUGUAUUGACAAUUAGGGCAGAAGUUAUAACCAAUGCAAUCAAGCUGCUGGAUGAAUCUCUACUUGCUAUACGGUGGAUUUAAGGGAACAGAUGAUCUUUUUGAUGAUAAAUUACCUAACAGACCUUUUACAUAUGAUUACAUCAAAGUGAAAACAGCAAUAUCAUUUGUUCCAUAAUACGGAUUGGAGAGCCAACCAGUGGCUAGUUAUGAUCAUCCAACUGAUAGUGAGUAGUGGUGUAAAGCUAUUGAAAAGGACUUAUCAUCAAAUCUUUUUCAUACUUCACCCAUGGUGAGGGUUGCAUCAAUUACUUGUUUUGCAGGAAUAACUUCAAGUGUAUUAUUUUCCCUUCCAGAGGACAAACUGGAUCAGAUCAUCACUUAUUCUUGCGGAGACCCUUUGCAAGUUUAUCAAUACUGCUAAAGUCAAUAGUAACCAUCCGUUAAGCUAGGUGAGUACUAAACUUUCAUUUUGACCAUUCUACCCCUAUGCAUUGUUUUGUUUUUAUAAAUUCACUCAUAUUUGAAGUGAUAUACUUAAAGGAUUGCGACAAAAUGGUUUUUUUGUUAAUAAAUUGUUCUUUAUGCCUUACAAGAGAUGGUGAUAUAGUAAAAUUGUAACUUGUC